UAUUUUGAACAUAAAAAAUGUUUUUGUAAUUUAGAAAAAAUAUUUUUUACCUUAAAAUUCCGUGAAUAAAUUCCAAAUAUGCCGAGUCUACAAACAUUUCGAGUUAUUUUCUCUGAUCAAAAGACAAUCUACAAACCCGGUGAUACAAUAUCGGGGACUGUGGAAGUUUCGCUCAGCGAAGCAAUGCAAAUGAAAGAAUUAAAAGUAAAGAUCACUGGCAAAGCACAUGUUGGAUGGCAUGAAUAUUACGGACAAAACAAUCAUGUUUAUCAUUACAAUAAGCAAGGUCUUUUCAAAGAGAAAACAAUUGUGUAUGGCGAAGGGGGUUCUAGCGCCGAUGACGCAACAACUUUAGCACAAGGAAGCCAUUCUUUUCCAUUUAGCUUUCGUCUCCCAUCACCUUUGCCGUCUUCAUAUGAAGAUAAAAUCGGGUACGUACGAUACUACGCCAAAGCGAAAAUUGUUAGACCGUGGAAAUAUGAUCACAAUACAAAAAGUAUGUUUACAUUGUUGGACAUAUUAGAUCUCAACAAGGAACAGGACAUGAUGGCGCCUUCAUCGGGUGACGAAGAAAAAUACUUGUGUUGUCUCUGUUGCAAAAGUGGUCCUAUUAAAGGAAAAAUUGAAACAGACAGAAAAGGAUAUGUUCCGGGAGAAUGGAUUGUUGCAACAGGUUCAGUAAAAAAUAAAAGUAAAAGCAAAGUACAGCAGACAUCUGUCGAGUUAAUGAAGAUUGUAACUUAUCGUGCAAAGAUGAAAACCAAAACUGAAACAUACAGUAUGCAGCAAGUGUUUGGAUCGCAUUGUAGUAAAGGAAAAACCGCCUCACUGGAAAACGUCAAACUGCAGAUUCCACCCUUACCACCAACAGAAAAUAAACAUUGCAAAAUUAUUGAUAUAAAUUAUGCCGUCAUGGUGCAUGGCCAUCUCCGCACAUGUGCUAUCGAUCUCCGUGGAUAUGCACCUAUUGUCAUCGGCACAGUUCCACUCCAAAGUCUACCUAUGUACUCUGGUACAAACGACGGCGUUCAAAAGCGAACCGAAUCGCCCCAACCCGUAGCUUAUCCGUCACUUUCUGACCCUGAUUCAACCGUGAUACAAAAUCCGACGACAGUUUCUGCUGAAACGGCCUAUGGAUUACAAGUUCCUCCGCCCCCAUCUUACGUGGCAGCAACAGAAGGGAGUUUUACUGUUGUGGAUGACGAAUACACAAGAGGAGAUAAGACAUACACUCCUCAGUAUACAUUUUACGAUUGGAGUCAAUCUGCAUUUACUUAUAAAUCGAUAUUUUUGAGAGCAAAUAUUUAUAAACGUUAUUAUAUUAUACCUUCAAUUAUGCCAUCGUUACAAGACUUCAACGUUACGUUUGACGAUAAUAAGUCGAUAUUCAGUUCCGGAGAGACAUUGGAAGGGAAGAUUGAAAUUACUCUUACUGAAUCAAUGGAAAUGAAAGAAAUACGAGUGAAAGUAACUGGAAAGGCGCACGUUGGUUGGCAUGAGCAACACGGAAAAGUUCAUGUUUAUCACUAUAACAACCAGGAUUUAAUGGAGCAGAACAUCACGGUUUACGGAGAAGGAACGGCAGAGAAUAUGACCCUGUCAGUAGGAUCGCACAGUUUUCCGUUCAGUUGCACCUUGCCAGCGCCGUUGCCGUCAUCAUACGAAGACAAAAUAGGGUACAUACGAUACUAUGUCAAAGCAACAAUAGUUAGGCCGUGGAAAUUUGAUCACAAUACGAAAAGUAUGAUAACAAUAUUAGACAUUCUGGAUCUUAACAAAAAGCAGAACAUGAUGGCACCUUCUUCUGGUAAAGAAAACAAAUAUCUGUGCUGUCUUUGCUGUAAAAGUGGACCAAUUCAAGGUGAAAUUACUACGGACCGAACUGGUUAUGUUCCUGGCGAAUGGGUCAUCGUGAAUGCAAAAGUAAAUAACAAGAGCGGAAGCAAGGUGCAGAAAACAUCCAUUGAAAUAAUGAAAAUCGUCAAAUAUCGUGCAAAAAUGAAGUCAAAAACAGUUAAAUACAGCAUGCAGCAAGUAUUUGGUUCUCAUUGCGACUCAAAAAAAUCAACAUCUUUUGACAACAUUAAAAUUCAGAUUCCGGCUCUUCCACCAACAGAAAAUACACAUUGCAAGAUUAUCGAUAUCAACUAUGCUGUUAUGAUUCAUGGGCAUUUGCGCUUCUGUGCAAUCGAUUUACGUGGUAUGGCGCCCAUUGUAAUUGGUUCUGUUCCAAUCCGUAGUCUUCCCAUGUAUUCUGGUCAACAAGAUCCUCAAGUACAGCCAGCACCAUCCGUAUAUCCUUCUUUACCUGAUUCCUCAGCAACAGUGAUAGAAAACACGACAGCAAGUUCAUAUGCUACUACAACGACUUCAGUUCUGCCUACGUCAUUUGGAUUUCAAGUUCCUCCUCCCUCUUACAUGGAUGCGACUGAAGGGAACUUCGACGUUAAAGAUGAUAAAUAUACCAGAGGAGACACAACGUAUACGCCCAAAUAUACCUUCUAUGACUGGAAUCAAACAGCUUUUACCUAUAAUAAAUAAGUAAUUAAAACUUGGUUUUAUUCAAUCAGUCAAACUAGCCUUAGCCUGAACUUAGCCUAUUGUGUUGUUGUGAAUGUUAGCGGUUUGAUAAUAAUUUAGACGCUGGGCACUAAUGAUGUAAUUAUCUAUGCUUUUUGCACAAAGCUCGUUAAUCUGUUAAAGUAGACUGUAUUUAUUUUUGAUAAAUUUUCUAUAGUACAUCACUUCGCGGUCAAAUCGAAAUGAAUAUUUCACGGCGAGCGUAUUUUGCGUUCAAAAGUACGAUCGACUUGACUGCUGUCUGCAAACAUAAGCGACAAUGUAUUAUUCAACAUUCGGUAUAUUAUAAUCAACCAGUGGCAGGUAUUACAUUGCAAGCUGUUCACAUUUAACUACAUUUUACCCACAGUUACCUCAUUUUUUGUGUUGUUUUCAUUUUUUAUACAUAUUAUAUACAAAAAUAUUACAUGUUUUUAAUAAGAAAUAUUAUUCUAUAAAUAACUAA